AUGGGAAUCACACACAUCGUCCAAUUCCAAUUCAAAUCCGACGUCUCCCCGGACGUGGUAAAAGAUAACUGCCAACGAAUGCUCGCAUUGGAACGCACAUGCCUCCAUCCCGAGACCCAGAAGCCCUAUCUCAAGUCUGUUACGGGCGGGAAGGAUAACUCGAUUGAGGGAAUUCAGAACGGCAUCACGCACGCCUUUGUAGUUGAAUUCGAGAAUGACGCUGACAGGGAGUAUUAUUGCCACAAGGACCCUUCGCACUUGGCGUUUGUGAAGGGUGUGGUUGAGUUGGUGCAGAAAGUUCAGGUGGUUGAUUUUACGCAUGGGGUUGUUGUUUAA